AUGCUAUCACGUCGUCUAUUCCGGCAGCUCACCGAUAGCUUGCUACUGGAAUCGACAUGUCUUCCAGUAGCAUCAGCCUGCUUUGCCUCAACAUGUACGACCCGUGACUUUCGUCAACCAAGAAAUGUGCCCUCAUCUCGUCGUUCGUCUUCAUCUUCGACCAAAUGGAAGUCACGUCAAGGCAGGGACUUCUUCUCCAAAGAAGCUAAAGUCCAGGGUUUAAAAAGUCGCGCUGCAUUCAAGUUGCUCGAGCUCAACGGCAAGCACAAGCUAUUCAAGUCCGGACAAACCAUUGUUGAUCUUGUCGCUGCAAAUCGUACUGCCCCAGAUGGUCGCGUCAUAGGUAUAGAUUUGAUACCUGCACAACCACCAAGAGGUGUCUCCACUAUACAAGGCGAUUUCCUCUCACCUGUGAUCCAGGACGAGGUUCGAGCCUACGUCCGAGAUCCAGAAUUGGGCCGACUUAGGAGGCAAGUUUCCGCAAAGGCAGAUGAGGGGGUUACUGAAGAAGAGCUGGACGACAUGGAACGUGGGUACAUUGAUAUUGAGCGACAAGCUCAUCUAGACGGUGCAGAACUCGAGCCGAUCGGGCGGCCAGCAGAGGGUAGUGAUGCAGAGCAAGAGGAUCUAUCAAGGCUCUCAUUGAAGGAGAGGGAUGCGCGGCAAGGUAGAGCAGUGGACGUUGUGCUCAGCGACAUGUCAGAACCCUGGGACCAAACGGCCGGCUUCUACAAGAAGAGCCUUAGUGACCCAUAUUCUAGGUUGAUGAACACGAGUGGAAACGCGUUUAGAGACCACGCUGGUAGUAUGGACUUGUGCAUGGCUGCCAUGACAUUCGCAUUCGAUACACUGAAGACUGGCGGUCACUUUCUCUGCAAGUACUACAAGGGGUCAGAGGAAAAGGCGUUUGAGACGAAGCUCAAGCGUCUCUUUGCCAAAGUGUACCGAGAGAAACCCGAGUCGUCACGCGCGGAAUCAAGAGAGGCGUACUUUGUAGCACUGCGCCGCAAAGAGACGCCCACAAAGGAGGAGGUCUUUGGAGAAUAA